UUCCUUCAAAUGUGGGUAUAUAAUGACUCUAUCUUCCCUCCAAAAGCUACCUCAUCAAAAUGGAUUCAAUAUUUGGUGCUUUGAUUCUCAUUUGCCUCGGCUUUUCUAUAGACACCACUACCAACGCACAGACACCAGCAGCCUCCCCUACCUUGCCAACUACUGCAACUCCACCAUCCACCACUGCUCCUCCACCUACUACAGCUGUCCCUCAGCCCAGUAUGACACCAAAAGCACCAACACAACCACCAGUAACUGCAGCAACUCCUAUAUCACCACCAUCUCCUAAAGUUGCACCAGCUACAACUCCAUCAGUUCCACCUCCUCAAAUUCCACCGCCACUACCCCCGCAAAGUCCUCCGAUCUCAACUCCAGCACAACCACCAUCACUGCCUCCAUCACCGGCCACUCCUCCACCAGUUUUACCACCAGCACCAGCCACACCUCCACCUGCUUUACCACCACCACAGGUUUCACCGACUCCAGUCAAAGCGCCACUAGCACCAGCACCUGUACCUGCGAAGCCACCACCAACACCAGCACCAAUUAUUCAACCACCAACCCCUGCAGCUGCUCCACCUCCACACCACAAGCGGAGGCACAAGCACAAGAGUCAUCAUCAUGCACCAGCUCCAGCACCAACUGUUCUAAAAAGCCCCCCCGCACCGCCUACAGUGCCAGACUCAGACGACACAACAACACCAGCACCAUCACCUGCUCUGAAUUUGAAUGGAGCAAAUACACUGCACCAGCAAGGAGGAAGAUCUGGAGUGUGGACAUGUACAGGGUUAGCUAUUGCCAUCCUGCUGGCUGUCACAGGAUACAAUUUCUAGCAAUCUUUUAGAAAAAUGCUAUUCUUGCAUGUGAUGACUAUUUUCAUAUGUACAAUUAUAUCAGAAAUUUAUUGAAGUAGGAAAGAAUAAAGCAACAGAUGAAGGAACAACAGCUGUUGAUAUUUGUUGUA